CAUGAGAAUUAGGUUUAGGAUCAGGGUGAGUAGUGUGUAAUGAUGUGCAUUUGUAUGAGAAGUAGCAUUAUUUAUUACUUACAUAAGUACAUUAGCUAGUAUGUACAGUUUAUUUCACAGUUACUGAGGUAAACAGACACAGGUCUAUCUCUCUAGGGAUCCUUUCCGUACUGUCAGACACUUCAGUAUGGAAUAUCAGAAUGGAAUACAUUACGAGCCUGUCGGUGUCAUAAACAAGCGGUUUACUUUGACGUGGAUGCUUGCGCCAUAGGAUUACAUUGUGUAGCCUUUUUUGUGGUUGCUGGUUAUAGCAUUCUAACUCUAAAUCUUAAUACUGGACCGAUUUCGAUUGUAUCCCUGGUAAAAAUGUGGACCUCCAAAAAAUUGGGCCCAGGAUAAAAUAAACCAGAGUUAUUUUUACUAUGCAGGGGAACUAGAAGUGAGAUAUGAAUUCUGUAUGGAAAUGGAACUGCUUCUUUUGAUCCCUAACAAUAGACCUAACAGCAGCAACCAAUCAGAGCACACGAAUGGGAGAUGACAUGACAUCCCCCCAAGGUUGUAUUAUGUGAGACUAACAGUGGACUUACAAGCUGUGUGUUCCCUGGACCUGGCCGUAUAGCCCUCUCUCCCGGUCUUUCGUUCUUCUCCGUUCUCUCCUGGUGGGGCUCACAGACACUGCCUAGACAUGUCUGACACAGAGGAAGUGGUGGAAGAAGAGGUGCAGGAAGAAGAAGCACCACCGCCUGAAGUGGAAGCGCCGCCCCCUGCUGAAGAAGCCCCUGCUGAGGAAGAAGCAGAGCAAGCUGAAGAUGAGGCCAAACCAAAACCAAAGAUGUUUGUGCCAAACAUCGCAGCUCCUAAACUUCCCGAGGGGGGAGAUAAAGUGGACUUUGAUGAUAUCCACAGGAAGCGACAGGAGAAGGACUUGACUGAGCUGCAGGCCCUAAUCGAGUCCCACUUCGAACAGAGAAAGAAGGAUGAGGAGGAGCUUAUUACUCUCGUCAGCAGAAUUGAGAAGCGUCGUGCAGAGAGGUCAGAACAGCAGAGGGUCCGUGCAGAGAAGGAGAAGGAGAGGCAGGCUCGUCUUGCGGAGGAGAAGGAGAGGAGGGAGAUGGACAACCAGCGAAAGCAGUUAGAUGACGAUGCCAAGAAGAAGAAGGCCCUCACCAACCUCACCUCGCAGCACGGAGGCCUCCAGCAGAAGCAAACUGAGGGUCGCAAGGGAGCUAAGAAGCAGACGGAGAGAGAGAAGAAGAAGAAGAUUCUGGCGGAUAGAAGGAAGGCUCUCAACAUCGAUCACCUGAGCGAAGACAAACUCAAAGAGAAGGCCACUGAGCUGUGGCAGUGGCUGAUGGAGCUGGAGGCUGAGAAGUUCGACCUCCAGGAAAAACUGAAGCGUCAGAAAUAUGACAUCAAUGUAUUGCAGACCCGUAUCAAUGAACAACAGAAGACUGCCAAAGGUCGCGGCAAGAGCAAGAUGGGUGGGCGUCUGAGGUGAAGAGCCAGUGGCAUGCUGUUUCCAGGGAAACGAAGAGGUUGACCUGUCCCUCUUUUUUAAGAGCUUCAACGUACAGUAGCUGUGAUACAACUAUACUAUCUGAUCAAAGAUGUAGAAUUAAUAAACGAUACCUUGCUUUUUGUUAUGGUA